GUCAGUGUUGAGUUACAAUAAAGAUGAUUAUGGUAUGCCAUGUUGGACAUUUGGGUUGUUAGGUGUGGAUCAUAAGUAACCCACAGGGCUCAUGUCCGUUAUAUAUUGAGCUGGAUUAAGAAACAAUCUGCCAGUUGGGCUAGACAUAGGCCCUUUUUAGUCACCUGUCAGGCCCAACAAAAAUUAAUUUUAUUAGAAAAUGUUAGAUACCCAAGGAACCAUCACCAGAAAUAUUAAAAACUCUCAACCAACAGCCACGUGCCAGAUCACAAACCCAAACAGCAUUCACACGUCCGAGAAACAUUGCCCUCACAUUUGUCAAAGAUGACUUGCAAACCAAGUGGUAGAAGGGAGGAGAGAGAGAGAGAGAUAGAAAAGGAAAAGAAGGGCAAUUGAUGGCGUUAAUGCACAAGUGGGUGUGUUUAUAUCUGGGUGUUUAAUUUCGAUUGUGGGGUCUACUGUCUCGAGAGGACAGCUAUUUUCAUUACUCCUCACUGCUUUCCUUUUUUUUUAUUAAGUCCCCACCACUCUUUGAAUUGAAGCUCAUUCAUGGUUUUUCUGGGCACUCUUCUCUCUCUGUCUGUCAUGUCUUCUUCCUUUCCUUUCUUACAUUCCCACUCUUCCCUCACUCCUUAACCAUUGUUCUAAUCUCUUUUCCACUUUUGGGUUUUUUUUCUUGCUUUGCAACCUUAUUUUUAUCAAGGGAAAGAAGACAUGAGUGCUGGGGUGUCUCUAAAGCACAGUGUCAGCAUGCUACUCCUUGAGUUGCUUAUGUGUUUUGCCUGCUUCCAUGAAUGUUUAUCCAGCCCACUGGAUCAUCUUAAAGGUUAUAUGUUAACAGGAAGCGGAGCAGAUGCUUUCUUACCUGAAAUUACUCCGAGUGCAGCUCCUCAGCCAUUUCUUCCUCUUCUUGCACCCUCUCCAUUGUCACCCUUCACAAAUAGUAUUGUUCCCAAAUUAUCAGGACUCUGUAUGUUAAAUUUCACUGCUGCUCAAAGCUUGAUGAGCAUGACCUCAAUUGAUUGUUGGGCUGCAUUUGCUCCGUUGUUGGCAAAUGUAAUAUGUUGUCCGCAGCUACAUGCAACUCUUGUGAUACUUGUUGGUCAAUCAAGUCAAGAAACUGGUGUGCUUGCUCUAAACAGAACUCUUGCCAAGCCUUGCCUCUCAGAUAUUGAGCAAGUCUUGGCGGGCCAGGGUGCUGGUGAUAAUCUCAAGCAGAUUUGCUCUAUUCAUCCAUCAAACCUUACUGAAGCAUCUUGCCCAGUAAAAGAUGUUGAUGAAUUUGAGAACAGUGUAAAUUCCGCUGAGCUCCUUGCUUCAUGUGAAAAGAUUGAUCCUGUGAAAGAAUGUUGUGACCAAGUUUGUCAAGGUGCCAUAUCUGAUGCCGCAACAAGACUUGCACUGAAAGCUUCUGAUCCUUUGAGCAUGGAUGGGCCCCAUGUUUUACCUGAGCAUUCAACAAGGGUAAAUGAUUGUAAAACUGUUGUUCUUCGGUGGCUGGCAAGUAAACUUGACCCUUAUCAUGCAAAGGAAGUUCUUAGAGGACUAACCAAUUGCAAUGUUAACAAAGUUUGCCCUCUUGUUUUCCCCAAUAUGAGGCAUGUUGCGAACAGCUGUGGAAAUGGAAUAAUUAACCAGACAGCUUGUUGUGAUGCUAUGGAUAGCUAUGUCUCUCACUUGCAAAAGCAGACCCUUAUCACCAACUUACAAGCUUUGGAUUGUGCCACCUCACUAGGGUUGAAGCUACAGAAAUACAAUAUCACCAAAAAUGUUUAUAACCUAUGUCACAUAAGCCUCAAGGAUUUUUCCCUUCAAGUUGGAAGUCAGGUAUCUGGAUGCCUCCUGCCAAGCUUGCCCUCUGAUGCGACAUUUGACAAGUUCUCUGGAAUCAGUUUCAUUUGCGAUCUAAAUGAUAAUAUUCCUGCUCCAUGGCCCAGUCUGUCACUACUGCCGGCUUCAUCAUGCAAUAAAACUGUCAGAAUUCCUGCACUACCUGCAGCAACUAAUGCUCAAAGUGGUCUUUACAAUGAAUGUGUUGCAGUUUAUCUUCUCAAUGCAUGUUCAAUGGCCCUAAUGAUGCUCUUACAGUUCUAGUUUGAGCUAUAGGCUAAUUCAAUCUUUUUCCGUAAGUGCAUGAUGUAAGUCAAGGAUAAUUGGAUAAAAUCUUCUCAAGAAAUUGUGUUACACUAUGAUGCAGCCGUGACCUCUGUUUAUUGAAAGUUUAAUCAGUAGCAACUCUC